CUCUAAUGUCUUGACGCAGCUUGGUUAUCUUCUGAAAUCUGCGUCCUCCCAUUGGCUACGACAUAGAUACAGUUCGUCGUUUUGGGAGAAAAAAGUUUUGCUGGAAAAAGUUCGUAGAUUGCUAAUGUUUCAAAUGUAAAAUCUUUUUAGGCAAAAACAUCACAUGCUUGCAAGAAACCUCAACGAGAACAACAUGGAGCUACUUUCCACGAGAAGAUGAGUUUUGUUAACGUUAGCUAACUUAGCUGGAUGUUGGCGACAAAAAUGCUAACGUUCGUAACGUUAUUCUUCCAACGCUUUGAUAAGAAAUGACAGAGCUGGAACUGAUAUCGGGAUGCGGCACUGAUGUGUCGGUCAGUUUCGCUGAGUCGCUGCACAUAUACACAGGACUGCUGACGGUGGCUACAGUAUGUGGAGGACUUUCGGGGAUAUUAGCUGCUGCUCUCCUAUAUGUCUUCUGCCUGAAACCUUUGCUGUUGACGAGACAAGGUUACAACGCAAGGCGACUGCUUGAACCUGAUGAUGGGGAAUUGGACAACAACCAGAGUGACUGUGUCAGCAACAGCAGAAAGGAGGCUCCAAGUGGCACCACCAAUGAUAAAGAGAAGAAGCAGCCACCCAUGAACAGCGAUGUGGCUGCAUUUGCAUCUAGAGCAAAGGUGGUUUAUCCCAUCAACCAAAAAUACAGACCCUUAGCAGAUGGAGCAUCAAAUCCAUCACUGCACGAGCACUCCAAGUUGCCAGCUGGGCCCAAUGAGGAGUCAUCCUCCCCCACGGACGGAGAGUCUCUGAGCCAAGAUCAGGACAACGAUGACAGCAGUCAGUUUAUCUCCUCCUCGCUGGUCCCCAAGAGCCUGCAGAACCAGAGCUUCACCAGGGUCUCUCGCUACCCUCACACGCUGACACAACCAGGUUUUGAAAGUAGGAUCAGCCUUUACUGUUUGGCGCUGCAGGAUAUACAACAGCAUUGUUCCCAGCUUCAGGAAGAAAAAUGUCUGAUUUUUCUUCACUUGGUGAAAAUAAUAUUCAGUUGUCGUUUUCCAAAGGAUAAAAAUGAUGCUGACUUCUCCAAGAAUAUUCUUCAAAUGCAAGAAAAGGAAUUGAAUGAGCUGAAGAAAUUGCUGCCAACAGACCACACUGCCAAUGAGAAAAAUGAUGAUGCUCCCUGUACUUUGGAGGAAAUAGAGAGAGCUCAGAAAGAUUUCCUUGAACAUGGCCUUCAAGUGUCCAGACGUUUCAGCAAACAGGUGGAGGACUUGUGUCAGCAUCUGCUGAAGAAGACCAGUGUUUUUUCUCCAGAUGAAGCCCAAAAUGUGAUUCUCUCUCUCAUCCAGACUCUUCUGCUGGUAGAGAACCACCUGAAGAACACACAAGAAGCUGAACUUAAGAGGAUCCAACAGAAGUUGUUGUGGUGGGAGGAGCUGACGGGGCUUCUUCAGUCUCAGCCUGCCUUGCUAAAGUGGGAAGUAUCUCUGAGGCAGAGCUUAAUUGCUACAACACUGGAGCAGCUGACGAGUGAUGACGUCUUGACCUUUAGCCACAUGGAAAAGAUACUUUCAGAGGUUCAGGCAACUCUGACUGAAGGCCUUCAACAGUGCACUGAGGAGUGCACGAGGAAGACAAAAGAGCUGGUGAACGACAAGUGCAGCAGAAUGGAGUCCAAGAGGAAGAAGCUUCUGAGGAGUCACACCAAGGAGAAGAGCCGUGCACUGGAGCUGAGACAAGCUCACAGUGAUGUGCAGCAGCUCAUCAAGGUGUACCAGGACCUGCUGAUGAAACAUAGGCAGCAGAUCUCUGAUUUGGAGCUGCAGCAGGACAACAGGGUGGCUGAAGUCCUCUGUGAUCACUUGAAGAAACUCCGUACCUCCUGGUCAAAGAGGCUUGGAGAGCUUGCCAAGGACGCGUUUCUCGCCUCCGUCCCAUCCCAGUCAAAGGUCUCUGCUCAGCGCUGUGAGGAGCUGUGGUUGGAUUUAGAGCAGGAGCUUUCCGCACAGCUGCAGCAAGCCGAGCACACAACCGAGCUGCAACUGGAGGACAUAAGGGCUCAGCUUGAUAAAGAUAUACAGGUGUGGAGUGAGGAGAUGGCUCUGGUUCAGGCCUGUCUCAAACAUCUGAGUGAACAACAGAUGAAGAUUGUCCAAGCUAUGGUGGCCAGACAGAGUUACACACUCGACAGCCAAGUGGGGAGGUUGAUAGAGAAGAAACAUGAGCACCUGUUGGCAGCGGUGCAGAGGUACUUUGUGGUCAGACACUUCUGCCUGCACAUGCUGAAGGAGAUGAGGCUUUCCAAGCUGAAGGUACUCACUCAGACUGACUUUAGAGCAGUGCUAAUGGAGGAUCCCAGUAAAGGCCAGUCCUGCGUCAAUUCAACUCUCAAGAAUAGCAAUGCCAGCCUAGCAGAGAGGCAUCUUGGUCCAGAGAGUCAACUGGUGGGCCACAGCUUCCAGCAGGAGUUCCUGUCUGAGCUGGAAACUGGGACGGAGCUUCUUCAGAGCCAUGCACAGCUGGUGCUCGGCAACGCCCUCAGCCACGCCAUUCAACAGAUGAUGGAGCGCCCGCCCACUCACUCACAGACCUCUCCCAGACCGUGCGACGACUUGAAGCGCCACCUGAUAGAGGCUGCCUCGGAGAGUGUGUACGUGACCAAAGAUUCUCUCACAUCACUGGUCCGAAGCUACAACUCCCACCUGCAGGACAUCAUGAAAAACUUCCAACUGGAUGAGUCAAACAUAAACCAGGAGGAGAAUGAGGAACGAGAGAGUCAGCUGAACAGAUCCUUACUGAGGGAGCUGAUGAACUGGGGCAAGAAACCCACAUCUGCUGAGUUUCAACAGAGGGUUGAGCUCCACAAAAGGAAGGUGUUGGAGCAGUGUGAUCAGGAACAGGAAACGAUUUACGAGGAACUGAGGCGAAAAAAAGUAGCCCAGGAUCAGACAGUGGAAAGGAUCAAAGCACAGCUGCUGGAGGCAGAAGAAAGCUUUAUAACUGAACUGGCAGCCUUGGCCCGUGUUUCUCUCCAGAAUCCAGAUCCAGAAACCAGCUGUGAGGACAACACAGGUAAUGAGAACCCUACUAUACUGGACCUGCUUUCCCUGAACCCAGCAUUAGAUCCGGCUUUGAAUCCUUCACUGACUCCAACGAUUGUAACUCCAGCAGUGAAAUCAAAACCAAAGAAGAAAAGAGAAGGAGAAUCUCAUCUUCUCUGAAGUCUUAGCACAGUGAUGUUUAUGUAUGUCAUACAAUACUGUCCUGUAGAAAAGUUUAUCCUCAGUCUCGCUUACCUGUCAGCUGCCACCAGGUUUGUUUUGUAUUAAACAAGAGGGCUUCGGUGGUUUAAGGGAAUGUCACAAUGAUAACAAUUAGUCUGUGUUUUUGUUAGCGUCAUGUUUCAUCAAAUAAUGCAAUUCUUUAAAAAAAAAAAUAAAGCAGAUUAUCUUUAAGAAAACAAAA